AAUCCGUCAUAAGAGUUAAAAGAUCCAACAAACUAGAGAAACCCUAAAAAUCGUAAACACAGUUACAGAAUCCUUAAAAAAACGAAUCUCAGUCCAUUUCUGGACAUAAGUGACAUACUCAGUGUUUAUUAGCUCAGCAGUCGGCUAAUUGCCGUAAGACACGUGGAAUCCAGGUCAAGUGGUGGUAUAUAAGGCGGUCACUCAGUCCAGCAUCACCAUCAACCGCAGUGGAACUAAAUCAAGAUGAGGUCUGUUCUGGUCUGCUUGCUGCUGGCUUCUUGGGUCGCUCUUCUCAGAGCCGAAGACGAGAUCGACGAGAUGUUGAUGGAAGAUGAGGAUAUGAGCAAAUGCAGGAUGGAUUUCCGAGUGUGCAUGAACGGAACUAGUGACGCCGCUGACCGAAAGAAGUGUUACGAAGCUUACCGGAAGUGCGUGAGUGACAAUCAACCCAGGCCAUCCUACCGUCCCAGACCCACGAUGCCAGCCCAUGUGGCCAAGUGUCAAAUGGAGCUGAAAAAUUGCCUGAAUGGCUCCAGCGGUGUUCAAGACAAAUUCAAGUGCUUCUACCAAUUCAAAAAGUGCAUGUUUGAGAACCGACCCUUUUUGCAAAAGUGCAAGGCUCUUGCUGCCAUCUGCAUGAAGCAGGCUAGCAAGGACAGCAAGGAGAGAUUUGCCUGUAGAACAGCAUUCAUGAAGUGCCUCAAGGACAACCAGCCAGACAGUGACGAGAAACUUGAGGACAUCGAAGAUACAGCCCGCCCAACCAAACCUGCCUUUUUGGAAAAAUGCAAGCAGGAUUUGCGUCUCUGUCUGAACGGCUCUUUUGAUGUUGCGGGGAAACUUAAGUGCGUGGCAAGCUUCAAGAAGUGUCUUUUCGAGAAUCGUCCAACCCCACCGCCAUUUAUGCAAAAGUGCAAGGCUCUUGCUGCCAUCUGCAUGAAGCAGGCUAGCAAGGACAGCAAGGAGAGAUUUGCCUGUAGAACAGCAUUCAUGAAGUGCGUCAAGGACAACAAGCCAGACAGUGACGAGGAACUUGAGGACAUCCAAGAUGCAGCCCGCCCAACCAAACCUGCCUUUGUGGAAAAAUGCAAGCAGGAUUUGCGUCUCUGUCUGAACGGCUCUUCUGAUGUUGCGGGGAAACUUAAGUGCGUGGCAAGCUUCAAGAAGUGUCUCUUCAAGAAUCGUCCAAUCCCACCGCCAUUUGUGGUAAGACCUCAACGGUCCAUUAUCAGCUCUUGCUGCCACCUGCAUGAAGCAGGCUGGCGAGGACAGGAAGAAGAGAUUGGCCUGUAGAACAGCAUUCAUGAAGUGCCUCAAGGACAACAAGCCAGACAGUGACGAAAUUUAAAUGAAUUCUUGUAGACUGUACGAUUUUCAGUGAAUAAAUUCAAACAGUAUUGAA